UUUAAAAAAUGUUGCACUGGAUGCCUUUUGUCCCAAUAUCGAGCUGCUUGCGUCAUCAAAGCCCCAACGAAUAAUUAUCAUUUUUAUCAUUGUUCAUCAGCACACUUACGCAAAUGUACUCCACGGACAGGGGGGGGGGGGGGACAAUUAGCCGGUCGUUCCCCUAGUCCUGUGUCCAACUGGUGGCAAACCUUUUUAAGUACACAUCAAGAAUUGGUCUCUCCAAUUCUAUUUUCGGAAUUUACCCUCUUGCAAGAUAUGACUCCGUUUCUGGGUGAAAAUGCUUCUCUCCAAUUACAGGCAGUUGUGACAUCAGAGAAUGUGACCAAAUAUUCUAACGACGUUGCUGAAGCGACCGCGAAUGUCUCCGAUAUCAACGCGGAAGGUCUCCGAGCCAUCUCCGAUGCUCUGGAGAAAGUCGUCAACGCCGGGAACUCAUCGACAGAGGUCACCAACAACACCUUCCGGAUCGUCGACAAUGCUCUCGGUGCUCCCGACGAGGAGUUUGUUAACGCCGUCGAGUUCCAAACCUCGAGGAGGAUUCUCGAUUUAUUGGAGCAACAGGUCACCCUCUUCCAGACCCAAGGCGACGGCAACAACCUCACCAUCGUCGGAAGGAGCGUAGCUGUAGUGGCCCUCCAGAUCCCAAAGGCCAGUCUGUUGGAGGGUUUCGGGUUCGCUACCCUGGCAUCGCCGGGCGGUGAAGAGAAAAGCAACGUGCUCAACGAGCUGAAUGAAAAUAAAACGAUGGUUUACUUCUAUCCGGACAACAUCCCGAUGACAACAAUCGAUGCAACCAUUGUUUUGCCACCAGACAUUCUUGGACUUUUGCCUCCAUAUUUAUUAGAAAAUGGAACUGUUCCAGUGACUUUCUUCAUAUUCCAGACCAGUAAGCUCUUCUUAAGUCCAGACCAAGAAUACGAUCUCGGCUGUGGUCGUCGACUAGCGGUCGGCACCCGGGUAAUAUCAGCGACCGUGGAGGGUGCGGUCAUUGAAGGUUUGCCGCAGGGUGGUGAAGUGGAGACAGCCUUCCUUGAACUGGAUGUGACUCGAGACAGUGAGGCGGUGGAUAACAGGACGUGUGUGUUCUGGGAUAAGUUUGAUCAAGGAGGUCGAUGGUCGUCAGAAGGAUGUCGACGAGAAGACAACCCCGACAUCAAUAGGAUACGAUGUCUUUGUGAUCACCUGACAAGCUUUGCCGUUUUAUUGGAUGUAUCAGGAGAUGUGGGCCUCUACGUUUUAGAUGUGGUAGGUAUGAUCGGCUGUAUCAUCUCCAUCAUAUGCCUAGUGAUUACACUUGUUACCUAUCUGAGCAUGAAAAAACUACGCUCGAAGCAACCUCAGCGGAUCCUGAUUAACCUUUGCUUCGCGCUUCUCGGGCUCUAUCUCGUGUUCGUCAUCGGUAUCGACCGCCGUUACACGACCGCGGGUUGCGUGGUGGUCGGUUUUCUCAUCCAUUUCUUUCUGCUGUCGUCGAUGUCGUGGAUGUUGGUGGAAGCUAUCAAUAUGUACCUCCUCUUCGUCAAGGUCCUAGCCGCCACCGUGUCUCAUUUUAUGCUUAAGGCCGCGCUUUUUGCUUAUGGUUUGCCUCUUCUCGUGUGUGUCGUAACAGUAGCAUUUGAUAGCUCCCUCUACUUGGGAGACGGGACUUAUUGCUUUGUCAAGCCGGGUCCAGCCCUGUAUUACGGCGUCUUACUCAUCGUCGCUCUCUUACUUGCCGCCAACUUCACCAUCUUUAGUAUCGUCAUGCAACGCUUGUCAUGCCGCAAAUCCGUCGCUGACAACAAGACCAACCAAGCCAGUCGCGGUGAGAUGUGGCGACGGGUCCAGAACGCCGUCGCCAUCUCUGUCUUGCUCGGUCUGACAUGGUUGUUCGGUUUCCUCGCCAUUGGUGGUGCACGUGUUGUCUUCAACAUCCUCUUUCUCGUCUUAAACUCCCUCCAGGGGUUCCUCGUCUUCCUCAUGUUCUGCGUCCGGCAGAAGGAGGUCCGUGAGCAGUGGGUGCGAUGGAUGCACUGCGGUCAGCGUCGCAGCGACGAUUUCGUCAGGGCAAAGUACAAAAAAACUGGGUCGCAGGAUGGUCGCACGUCCUUGGCGACUUCGAGCAGGCAAGAUAUCCAACUGUCAAGUAGAGGGACAGUCAGCACCGAUGCCACAUUGUGACUUCCAGGAAAGUAAUACAUUUGACAUGAAUAGAUUGUUAGACCAGCUGACCAGUGAAAAACACGAGAAUAAAAUGGGAUUGAUAGUAUUUUUUAGUAAUAUCCUUAUAUGAGCUUUUUAAAUUCUAUAAUCAUAUCAUUAGUGAUUAAUGUUAUUUAAUCAUACAAUGUUGUUUAUCGAAAGCGAAAAAUUAUGUAUAGUUAAAAAACGUAAUUCUCAUUUAAUUCUAUAUUUUUGUUAGGUCUAUGAUUCAGCCAAAAGAUUAAAAUUAAUCUAAAGGCUUACAUGAACGUUAACAAACAUGAAUCUUACCAGAAACUUAACCGCUAUCAAUUUCAUUUAUUUAGUUGCUUCAACGAUUGAAAUGUUGUAUUGUGCAUAGAGAAUAAUAAGAUUUAUGAAAAAAUAUAUCCUGCUCCAGCGCUUACCAAGAAAACAAAGCAAGUUACAUCAGCGAUUGUUUGCUGGUUUCAGUGCAGUUUAAAGAAUUGUCAAAGCUAAUUACCGUGUUUUAGCUAACUUUGAAUCGUUGAGUGUCUAUAUAGGACACUAUAUGACGUGUAUUGUGCUGCGCUGAUAUUGAUGAGCUAAUACAUUUACGCUUGCAGUUUGUAGUUUGAAGUUUUUAAAUAUUUUUUAUACAGGCGGAUAAGAGUAGAUUUCACAUUUUAAAAAAUUAAAGAUUUCAAAUGAAGUAAAAUGUACGGAAAAUAGGUCGUACAAAGUUUUGAAAUAUACAGAUGUGACAGGCAAGGUAAAACAAUGUUAAAUGUGGGGAGCAUAAAUAAAAAGCAUAGCUUGUAUGCGAAUAGGCUCCCCUACUGAGUAUUAAAAAACACAAUAUAGUAGGUCGGAAUUUAAA